AUGGACGGUCGAUGGGACAACAAAGUCCUAGAGUGGCGGCCACGAACAGGUCGACGCAGCGUGGGCAGGCCUCCCGCAAGAUGGACUGAUGACCUGGUCAAGGUUGCGAGAGCGUCCUGGAAGCAGCUAGGACAAUACUCUGAAGAUCGGUACAAUGGUACAUUCAAGGAUUACUUGGUAGAUGUAUCAAUGCCAGAACAUGAUACAGGAGUUCGAUGUGCAUACGGAGCUUCAGUCCUACUAACCGAAGCACUUAACGCUACGGACGUGUUGUACCCAACGGAGCUAUGGAGUACCGAAAUCCACAAUAGUAGCAUGUUACUAAUGUUGUCGUACGGCAGUGCUGAUCUUGGCGGUGGAGUGUUACGGAUCCUGCCCAAUAGGAUCACUCGACUUGACUACGCUUUACCUAUAUGGCCUUUUCGCGUUGGUUUCACGUAUCUAUCUGAGCGUGAGAGUAGCAGUAAUAUGUUCGUGGUACCAUUCACUGCUGCAGUUUGGUUGACAUGCUUUGGUUUUGUCUUAAUUAUGACUAUAGCACAGAGAGUGACCGCUGUGAAGCCUGUUGAGAAAGAAGGAGCGAUUAUGGCUGUGCUGGCUACUUAUUUACAACAAGAUGCAAGCGCAGUACCCGAGGGUGCAUCAGGUAGAUGGACAUUCGUGGUGGUAUCUGUGUUCUCUAUGUUGAUUCACGCGUACUAUACUUCAGCUAUAGUGUCAGAUCUGAUGAGCACAGGGCGAAGUGGUCCGGACUCGCUGCGAGCGCUUGCCGACUCCAAAUAUGCUAUCGCGUCAGAGGAUUAUGAUUAUAUGCGUUAUUUAAUGUUUGAUGUGGAAACCAAUUGGGACGAAUUAGAGUAUUUAAAGAGUAAGAAGCUUACAUCACGUUUCUACGUGGAUAUGGAGCGAGGUGUGGACCUCAUCAGGCGAGGGUACACCGCCUACCAUACCGAGUACAACCAACUAUACCCAUAUCUGAAGACAUUCAGUGAUGAUCAGCUUUGUAAGCUGCAGUAUGUGGAUACUAUACCAGAGUCUGUGACAUGGGUGACAACAACCAAACGAGGGCAAUGGUUGGAAUAUCUCCGGUCUAAAGGUUGCUGGUUGACAGAAGUAGGUCUAACUAAACGCCUAGUAUCAAAUCUGAGACUUCGACCACCGCCUUGCAGAGCUGCGUUAUUAGCUGAACGAGUGAAGUUUGGUGAUAUCGCACCAUUAUUAGCGCUCUCUGUUCUUGGAACUGCUUUGUCCUUAUUUAUAUUAGGCAUAGAGAUUAUUUUUGCUAAAUUAAAAGGAGUAUAA